AUGGCAGCUCAGAUCCCCCCUGGCGGCACUUACCUCGACACCUUCAAGCAGUCGUUUGUUAACGUCCCCGUCGACGCCGAGAGGGAGAAUGCCAUUGCUACCACCGAGUUCCUCGACGCCGCCGAGUCCCUGACCACCAUCUUUGAUGCCCUUGGUGGCGUUGCAUUUGGUCCCGUCAAGAACGACAUGGGCGGCAACAUCAAGAAAAUCCGUGAGCGCCAGCUGGCUGCCCCCGGCCAGUCUGCCACUCUCCAGGAUCUCGUCAAGAACGAGCUGGCCACCAAGAAGCAUGUCGCCACCGAGGGUCUCCUCUGGCUGACUCGUGGCCUCGAGUUCACCUGCAUCGCUCUGAGCCAGAACGUCGCCAAGGAGUCCGAGGAGCUCUCCGAAUCCUUCCGCAACGCCUACUCGACUACCCUCAAGCCUCACCACAGCUUCCUUGUGAAGCCUAUCUUCAGCGCCGCCAUGAGCGCCUGCCCCUACCGCAAGGACUUUUACGCCAAGCUGGGCUCCGACCAGGCCAAGAUCGCUGCUGAGCUCCGCGUCUACCUCGCCGCUCUCGAAAAGAUUGUCGGCAUCCUCAAGGGUUUCCUCGCAAGCAAGGACGCCAAGUUCUAA